AAGCAAUAAAAAUUGACGUUUAAAUAACGAUUUAUAAAUACUAUAUAUACUACCAUUAACUUGUAUAAAUGAGUUAUCAUCAAAUGUGCUAAUAAUUCAAUGCAUAUGUACAUUUCUGAUCAAUAAAUAUAGAACAGUUAAAAGUGAUUUGUAACGAUUUUUUAAUGAAGUGUAGAAUUGUAGCAUUGACAUGGAGUGUAACAGUGAGGUAGAAUCGUCUUUACAAACUGAUUCUAUUUUAAGUACUACAUCGAGUACAAGGUAUCGUGAAGAAACUAUUUCUAUAGAGGAACAAUCAUUAUUAAAUUUUUUGCAAAAAGGAAUAUUGGAAACAAAUGAAGAAAAUAUAGCUUUUGGAAAACAAAUAUUACCAUUAUUGAAUAAAUUAAAUUUGGAACCACAAUCUUUGCCUAAUGACAUCAAGGAAGGAUUGCAAAAAAUAGCUUUAAUAUUAAGAUGUGAAAAAUUGAGUGAUUUUAAUGAUGUUGCAUUGAAUAUAGUAAAUGAAAGAAAGAAAAUAGAAGAAAAGAAAAAACAGCAUGAGGAGAAACAGUUAGCAUUAUUAUAUGAUGAUCUUUUUAGAAAAUAUUCCAGUUUUUCAAAAAAACUCAAUUAUUUACAAGAAGCUGUAAGUUCUCUUGAAAGCUUUAUUGAGAAAUCUCAAAAAGAACAAGAAGAUAUUUAUUGUAAUCAUGCUUCAUUGUCUACAAAAUUAAAAGAAUAUCAGCAAACUGUGGAAAAGUUAGAAACUGACUUAAUAGAUAUGCAAGUUGAAGAUCUUUAUCCUACAAAAAUAUUAAGUAAAUAUCAUAGAUAUUUAGAAAUGUCUGGUGAAUUAGCGGAACUUAAUCAUUAUCUUAGUCAGUAUAAAGACUUGCCACCAAAUUUGCUACAAGCUAAAGCUUUAGUUGAUAUUAAACGAAAAGAAUAUGAAACUUUGAAGAAUGCAUUAUUAGACAAAACAAAUUAUUAUCUUGAAUGAUUAGAUAAUAAGUGAUACAAAAUUAUCAAUAUAUUAUUUUUUGUAAUUUUUUUCACUUUUGUAUAAUAAUAAACAAAAUAUAUGUAUAUUUUUCAUAAGUUUUUUUAAUUUAGUUUUUUAUCAAUUUAUUUUGUAUCUAUUGAUUCUUCAAUCUCAUUUUCAUUUAACUUGAUGUGCUAAACAUGUUAUUUAAUAUUCAUGGUUAUACUUUGUUUGUAACAGAGAAUAUAGAUCAGAUAUAACAGAACAAUAGAUUAAUUUUAUGAAUGAGAUUCAAACUUGAUUAUCAGAAAUACAAUCGAUUUUGAUAUUGAUUUCGUCCUCGAUAAAUAAUGCGAUAAAAUAAUAAUUAAUUAAUUAAAAUAUUAAUAAGAAUUAAACAAUACAUAGUUAUAUGCUAUUUGUCAAAUAGUUAUUAUUCGAUGCAGAAAAAUAAUUUUUUUUAUAAACAGUAUUGUCAAGCGAACAAAAAUUGUGAUGAUAUAUUAUAGAUUUGUAACAAUAAA